AUGUCAGAAAAUGUCAUGGGUAUCAGAUCCUACUUAAGGCAGAGGAAGAUGAGAUCCGAGGGAAGAAGGGAACAGUUUUCAGUAUUGGAUCAUCUCUUAACUAUAAUUCAGUUACCCCCAAACAAAGAUACAACUUACCUUUCACAUUCUUGGGCAGCCCUUGUAGUGUUACCUCAUAUUAGGCCUCUUGAGAAAGAGAAGGUGACACCACUAGUGACGUGCUUCAUAGAGUCACUCUUCAUGGCUGUUGACAGAGGGAGUUUUGGAAAAGGAGUCUUGUUUGUUCUUUGCCAAGCUGUAAAUACUCUGCUAAGUUUGGAAGAGUCUUCUGAACUUCUUCAUUUGGUUCCUGUGGAACGUGUAAAGAACUUAGUAUUAACAUUUCCAUGGGAGCCAUCUGUGUUGCUGUUGGCUGAUCUCUAUUAUCACAGAUUAUCCCUCUGUGGCUGCAAAAGGCUGCUUUCUCAGGAAGCUUUAAUGGAAUUAUUUCCCAAGUUACAAGCAAACAUUUCGACUGGCGUAUCCAAGAUUCGGCUUUUGACAAUAAGGAUCCUAAACCAUUUUGACAUUUGGCUUCCAGAAUCGAUGGAGGGUGAUAGGCUGACAGAGCGGCAGUCCACCUUUGCUAUCCUACGCCAGGCAGAACUUGUUCCAGCAACUGUGAGUGAUUACAGAGAGAAGCUUCUUCACUUGAGAAAACUGAGGCACGAUGUGGUGCAGACCGCAGUCCCUCCUGGGCCCUUACAAGAGGUGCCACUUCGUUAUUUGUUAGGCAUGUUAUAUGUCAAUUUCAGUGCUCUCUGGGACCCUGUUAUUGAACUCAUAAGUUCUCAUGCCCAUGAAAUGGAAAAUAAGCAAUUUUGGAAAGUCUACUAUGAACAUCUAGAAAAAGCAGCUACACAUGCUGAGAAAGAACUGCAAAAUGAUACACGAGAUGAGGAGAAGUCCACAGGGGAUGCAAGUUGGGAGCAGGUCCAGAAAGCAGGUGUUGGAGCUCUCUAUCAGGAGCAGUUAGCAUUGAAAACUGACUGUCGGGAAAGAUUGGACCAUACCAACUUUCGAUUUUUGCUCUGGCGAGCUCUGGCAAAAUUCCCAGAGAGUGUUGAGCCACGAUCCAGGGAGCUUUCUCCACUUUUCUUGAGAUUUAUCAACAAUGAGUACUACCCAGCAGAUCUACAAGUAGCUCCAACACAGGAUCUGCGGAGAAAAAGCAGAGGGAUGGUGGCAGAGGAAAUAGAAGAGGAACCUGCUGCUGAGUUUGAUGAAGAAUUGGAGGAAGAGACUGUGCCUCCAGAUGACCGUCCACAGAAGAAAAAGACAAGGAGAGCUGCAGCAAAGCAGUUAAUUGCUCAUUUGCAAGUUUUCUCUAAAUUUUCAAACCCCCGGGCCUUAUAUCUGGAAUCCAAAUUAUAUGAGUUGUAUCUUCAGUUGUUGCUACACCAAGAUCAAAUGGUACAAAAAAUAACAUUGGAUUGCAUAAUGACAUACAAACAUCCUCAUAUCCUUCCUUACAGGGAAAGCUUACAAAGGUUACUUGAGGACAGAAGCUUUAAAGAAGAAAUAGUGCAUUUUAGCAUUUCAGAAGAUAAUACUGUAGUGAAACCAGCCCACCGAGCAGAUUUGUUUCCUAUUCUGAUGAGAAUUUUGUAUGGGAGAAUGAAGAAUAAGACUGGGAGUAAAACUCAGGGGAAAUCUGCUUCUGGCACACGCAUGGCCAUUGUUCUGCGUUUCCUGGCUGGGACCCAACCCGAGGAGAUCCAGAUAUUCUUAGACCUGUUGUCUGAACCUGUGAAACACUUCAAGAAUGGAGAGUGCCAUUCUGCAGUUAUUCAAGCAAUGGACAGUUUGGAUCUCUCUAAAGUUCUUCCUCUGGGUCGUCAGCAUGGCAUCCUAAAUAGCCUGGAAAUAGUACUGAAGAACAUUAGUCAUCUGAUCAGUGAAUACUUACCAAAAAUUUUGCAGAUACUACUCUGUAUGACAGCAACCGUAUCACACAUCCUUGACCAACGAGAAAAGGUACAGCUGAGGUUUAUUAACCCCCUGAAAAAUUUAAGACGUCUUGGAAUCAAAAUGAUAACUGAUAUCUUUGUGGAUUGGGAAUCCCAUCAGUUUAGAACAGAAGAAAUUGAUGCUGUGUUUCAUGGUGCAGUUUGGCCUCAGAUCUGCAGGCUUGGAUCUGAGAGUCAAUACUCACCUACUCCUCUGCUGAAGCUAAUUAGUAUCUGGAGCAGAAAUGCGAGACAACAUAGAAGUGGCAAGACAAAGAGAACUCUAAGAGAAGCCCCUAUUCUGGAUGUGAAACCCAGUGGAGAGGAAACUUAUCAGGUUUCCAAGAAGGUCCAUGUGCUGACCUUCACUGUUCACAUGCUGCUGCAGGGCCUCACCAGCAAGCUGCAAGUUGGAGAUUUGGACCCUUGUUUAGAUAUAAUGAUUGAGAUCUUUAACCACGAAUUGUUUGGUGCCCUUGCUGAAGAGAAGGAAGUAAAGCAGAUCCUCUCCAAAGUCAUGGAGGCACGAAGAAGCAAGAGUUAUGAUUCUUAUGAAAUCCUGGGCAAGUUUGUAGGAAAAGAUCAGGUUACAAAACUUAUUCUUCCAUUAAAAGAGAUCCUACAGAAUACCACGAGUUUAAAACUGGCCCGGAAAGUUCAUGAAACCUUACGCCGAAUUAUAGCAGGAUUAAUUGUAAAUCCAGAAAUGAUGGCAGAAUCCAUUCUAUUGCUCAGUUAUGGUUUGGUCAGUGAAAAUCUACCACUGUUAACAGAGAAAGAAAAAAACCCAGCAGCCCCUGCACAUGAUCCACGUCUACCACCCCAAAGCUGCCUUCUGCUUCCCCCAACUCCAGUUCGAGGUGGACCAAAGGCUGUUGUGAGCAGGAAAACGAACAUGCACAUAUUUAUUGAGUCUGGGCUUAGGCUGCUGCAUCUGAGUCUGAAGACUUCUAAGAUCAAUUCUUCAAGUGAACAUGUUCUGGAAAUGUUGGAUCCUUUUGUGUUUGUCCUCAUAGACUGCCUGCGUUCCAUGGACGUGAAAGUGAUCACAGGUGCUUUGCAAUGCCUGAUUUGGAUUUUGAGGUUCCCUCUGCCUUCCAUAGAAAAAAAAGCAGGACAGCUGACGAAACACCUUUUCCUUUUGCUGAAGAACUACGCAAGACUGGGGGCUGCUAGGGGCCAGAACUUCCAUCUGGUAGUGAAUUGUUUCAAGUGUGUGACUGUAGUUGUAAAGAAACUCAAGUCUUACCAGAUAACUGAAAAACAGCUUCAAGUUCUCCUGGCAUAUGCUGAGGAAGACAUUUAUGAUACUUCACGACAAGCCACUGCAUUUGGCCUUCUGAAGGCUAUUUUAUCAAGGAAAUUAUUGGUCCCAGAAAUAGAUGAUGUCAUGCGGAAAGUAUCCCAGUUGGCAAUUUCUGCACAGAGCGAACCUGCCAGAGUCCAGUGCAGACAGGUUUUUCUGAAAUACAUUCUUGACUAUCCCCUUGGAGAGAAAUUGAGACCAAACUUGGAAUUCAUACUUGCUCAACUGAAUUAUGAGCAUGAGACUGGGAGAGAGUCCACCUUGGAAAUGAUUGCCUAUCUCUGUGACACAUUCCCCCAGGGACUGCUCCAUGAGAACUGUGGAAUGUUCUUCAUCCCUCUUUGUCUAAUGAUGGUAAAUGAUGACUCUGCCAUGUGCAAAAAAAUGGCAUCCAUGGCAAUCAAAUCCUUGCUCAGUAAGAUCAGCCUUGAGAAAAAAGAUUGGCUUUUUGAUAUGGUUAUCUCCUGGUUUGAAGCAAAAAAGAGAUUAAAUAGACAACUUGCUGCCCUGAUCUGUGGCUUGUUUGUGGAAAGUGAAGGAGUUGAUUUUGAGAGAAGACUUGGAACUCUUCUUCCUGUAGUUGAAAAAGAAAUUGAUCCUGAAAACUUUGAAGAUAUCAUGGAGGAGACUGAGGAGAAGGCUGCAGACCGCCUGCUGUUUAGUUUUCUCACACUCAUCGGUAAACUCAUGAAGGAAUGUAAUUUCAUCCAGUUUACCAAGCCUUCUGAUACUUUGAAUAAAAUCUGGAGUCACGUGCACUCUCACCUGAGACAUCCACACAACUGGGUGUGGCUCACUGCAGCCCAGAUUUUUGGGCUGCUCUUUGCCUCUUGCCAACCAGAAGAGCUUGUUAGAAAAUGGAAUGCCAAAAAGACAAAAAAGAAACUCUCAGAGCCUAUAGCAGUCCAGUUCCUAACAAGUGACCUUGACCAAAAGAUGAAAAGUAUCUCUCUAGCCUCUUGCCAUCAAUUGCAUUCCAAAUUUUUGGAUCAAUCUUCAGGCGAGCAGGUUAUUAAGAAUUUAUUAUUCGUAGCAAAAGUCUUAUAUUUACUAGAACAUGAUUCCAAGGAUAAGCAAGGCGAGAUAAAAGCCUCUGAAGAACAGGAAGCUUUAAAAGAUUGUGUGGCUAGAGAAGCAUUAGAAGAACACAAAGCCUGCGUAGAUGGAGAGGCGGGGUCUGACAGAGAAGAAAAGGAAGAGCCCAGCAAGCCAGCCACACUGCUCUGGCUGAUCCAGAAGUUGUCCUGGAUGGCAAAACGGGAAGCUGCUUAUUCACCUAGAAUUCCUUUAAAGAGGACAUGCAUCUUUAAGUUCCUCGGUGCUGCAGCAGUGGAUCUUGGGGUGGACAAGGUCAAGCCGUACCUCCCAGUGAUCAUCGCUCCUCUGUUUCGAGAACUGAACAGCACCUACGCAGAGCAAGAUCCUCUGCUGAAGAAUCUAUCCCAGGAAAUCAUAGAAUUACUUAAAAAGCUGGUUGGCCUUGAGAGUUUCUCAUUAGCCUUUGCCUCUGUACAGAAGCAGGCUAGUGAGAAAAGGGCACGCCGGAAAAAGAGGAAGGCUCUGGAGUUUGUAACUAAUCCUGAUAUUGCUGCCAAGAAAAAGUUGAAGAAGCAUAAAAAUAAAAGUGAAGCGAAGAAGAGAAAGAUAGCAUUCCUGCGUCCCGGCUAUAAGGCCAAGAGACAAAAAACCCACAGCCUGAAAGAUUUAGCAAUAGUGGAGUAAGGUCUUCCUGUGCUGAUUGUCUCAACUGGCUCCAAAGCGUGAACUUUCUGGUGUAUUCUACCAGACUGGACUCACAGUAGAUUGUAUUUAAGUCAAACUUUGGCCCAGAUUGUGUAAUAUAUAGUUUAAUGUAAUCAU